UAUAAUUUUAAGGGCAUUUUCCCGACGUUCGCAAUAGAAGGAGUGCGACAAGAGAAGGAAACUCAGACGCAUCUCAAGAGCACUUGGAAGCUGAGGGAAAAUUAUUGGCUAUACUUAUAUAUAAUACGUCAAGGUAUAUUUGAACUAACCUUCAGGAUCAUCAUUGACAUAAAAUUCAGACUGUAUCGUAUAUCAAUGACAAUGGCCCGACUCCCGCAAUUAGCAGUUUUCUCCUUUGCUGCUCUUCAUCUUCUCCUGUUCUCCAUCUGUCCGGUCAGCAGCAGCCGCAUUUAUCGAACGAGCGAUGCCGUCGUCAUUGAAGUUUCUGACAUGGUGGCCAGCGACUUGGCAGAACAAAUACCAUCGGCUCGUUUUGCAAGAAGCAAUUUCGGGUAUCCUGGACCGAUUCCGGCUAAUCCGUACACCGGUCUCUAUUAUCUGCCAUACCCAAAUCUUCCGUUCUGGCCGUAUCCACUCUACAAUAAGCCGACCAUCAGCAGUGUCUCUGCUGAUGUCAAAGAUUUUGCAGCAACUUCACCUGAUUCUAGGCAGCAGAAAAUUGCCUGUGGUGUCGGUCCUGCUUCACCACCUCAACGUACUACCCCAACAGUCAGCAUUGUCGGUGGAUCCCAAGCUAUCCCGAAUUCUUGGCCGUUUGUAGGUCUGAGGAUAGCCGGAAUGAGUACUGCGUUUUGCGGAGGAUCCAUCAUUUCGACGACGAGAAUCCUGACAGCGGCUCAUUGCGUAGACAAAUUAUCGGAGUUCGAGAUUUCGACAAUGACUGUGAGUCUUGGCAUGCACACCCAGGGAAACGGCAAUGAUUUGAAAAAUGAUGCCCAGCAAACCAGAAGAAUCACUCGCGUUGUUUACCACAAAGAUUUUAAUACAAAGACAGCAGUAAACGACGUCGCCGUCUUGACUAUGGACCCACCCAUUAAUUACUCGGCUGCCAUUUCACCCGUUUGCUUGCCACCAGCGAGUACCGCCGCCGAUCAAUUUGUCGAUAAAAAUGCAGCCAUUAUUGGGUGGGGAAUAUUGAAUUUUCCUGGUGGAAAUCAACCCAAUGAACUCCAGCAAGCUACAGUGCAGAUCACUAGUAAUGCCAAAUGCAGCGAGUUUUAUGGUUCCUUACUUCCCAAUCCACUUCGCAUCUUCAUACAGCACAUAUGCGCAGGUGCCGCUGGAAAGGACGUGUGCCAAGGUGACAGCGGUGGUCCAUUGGUCGUCCGAACGGUAACUGGUGCGACUUCGACGUGGACACAAGUCGGCGUCACCAGCUUUGGAUUGAGCUGUAUAGCGAACCCGAUCGCACCCAGCGUCUACGCGAGCGUGGCGUUUUUCAGGAAAUGGAUUGACACCUACAUGACUAGCUAAUCGCCGCUGUGACCACUCCCAAGUCCAAUAUGGCAGAUGAUAGGCCUACUCGACUUUCGCGCUGCCGGCGCUGCCGGCCUGGAUGAUAUUCCGUUUUCUUUGAUUUUUUAAAUUGUUCCAUUAUCCUAU